AUGUACGUCAGCUACCUUCGAGAUAAGGACGUUGGCAUGUACCCUGGAUCUAUGCGAGGCCACCCGGGGCUCCAGAACUACCCCACUGCUCCCCAGUACCCUGACUACGGGGCAUACCACGGACUGAGCAUAGAGACUGCAGCACCUUCUUCUGGAUCCUCACCCUGGCUCACACCCUAUGGGCCCCCAAGAGACGAUUGGUGCCACACAGCCUAUUCAGGACAUACUCCCAUCAACCCUUCCCCAGGGGGCAGCUUGGGCUACAGCCCAGUGUCUGACUACCCAAGUGGACAAGUGCAAGGGCCACCAUGUGUGGGGGUGCUGCCAGCUGGGCAUCAGCCUCAAGUCUCUCCAGGGGUGACAGAGGGGCACAGGAGGCACCACUACGAGUGGAUGAGAAAACCAACCACACAGAUGAACUCUGCAGGGAAAACCCGGACAAAGGACAAGUAUCGGGUUGUCUACACAGACCACCAGCGGCUGGAGCUGGAAAAAGAGUUUCACUACAGCAGGUACAUCACCAUCAGGAGGAAAGCGGAACUGGCGGCCACUCUGGGGCUCUCUGAACGACAGGUGAAGAUCUGGUUCCAGAACAGAAGAGCCAAAGAACGAAAGAUUAACAAGAAAAGAAUUCAGCAGACUCAGAAUGGGCAAAAUGGACAGGAUACCCUGAGCCCAGUGCACUCUUUGGGCCACAUGAUACCCCUGUCUGGAACCACUGUGGGCCCAAUGACAAACCCCGUCACUCAGUGA